GUCAGUAAACAUUUAUUAAGUACCUGUGACCACUAUGAAGGGCUCUGUGCUGAAAGCUGGGAUCACAAAGAAAGGCAAUAGACAUAUCCUGCCCACGAGGUAUUUAUAGUCUAAUGAAGGAGACAGUAUGCAAAGAACCAUCUGUGACCGAACAAAUUAUAUCCAGAAUGAACUGGAAAUAACAGGGGAAAUUGCUAGAAAUUAGGACGAAUGGGAAAGGUUUCCUGUAGAAACUGGGACUCAAGCAUGCCGGGGAACAAGGUGGGGUAGGGAAGAGGGAGGUUUCAGCCAAUGGAACAAAUGGGGUCUACACAACCAAGCUUGGAAAUGCCAAAAAAAACUUUUAGUCCAGCUCCUUCAUUUUAGAGAAAGAAAUUGAUGUCCCAAAUGGUGAAUGUGUGGAAGGAAGAUUUCAUUGCUCCUGGGGAAGAGUGGGGAGAAGGGGUGAGUUAAGUAAGAAGAAAACGAUCUGGGGGUUCUCAGGGGAACACAAGCGUGGCAAGGGGGUUGCAAAUUUCCAGUGACUGGGCAUCCUGAGGAGCAGAAUGUGCUUCGGAGCUGGAGUUCCCUUCUCAGAACACGAGGUGGCGCUGCGGGCAAGGUUCUAGUCGGCCUAGAGGCUGGCUACGGCACUGACGCUACCUAGUCGAUCACGAAGGGGUGCCGCGAAGCAGGUUCCCCAUUCGCCAGCCUUUCCCACCAACCCCCUCUUCGGACUGCACUCCCCCUCCCAUCCGUCGGGCGGCGCUGCAGCGGAGGCGGCGCCUGCUCGAGGCUGUGUUGCGUGGCAGAAGCCGGAGGAGCCCCGGGAGGCGGAGAGGCUGUCGGAUGACACUUCCGGCGGCUGCUCAAGUCUAGGGGAAGAGGAGGAGGAAGCGGCGGCUGCGGCGACGGCUCCCCGGGAACCUCAGAAACCUCCCCUUCCCCCUUUCCCCCUCCCCCGCGUGCCCCGGGUUCCCCUCCCCCCCCUUCCCCCUCGGCGGCAGCGACCAUGGAACGCAGGUGGUGGUCAAUGUUGGUGCUGGCCACUUUCCCCAUUCUGGGAAUGGGAGGAGAGGUGCCAGAGGGUGCCUCAGAACGCUGGACCCAGUUCUGGUUCGUCAGAUUCCUUGUGAAUGCUGCCGGCUACGCUAGCCUGAUGGUGCCUGGCUACUUCCUGGUCCAAUACUUCAGGCGCAGAAACUAUCUAGAGACAGGCCGAGGCCUUUGCUUCCCUAUUAUUCGGGACUGUGUUUUUGGCAAUGAGCUCAAGCCUUCAGAUGAGCCCCCAACCCCGAGACAAGACCUGACAGAAACCACUCGAACACGGCAGUUCCUCAAGCUUCUUUUCUGUGCUGGGGGGCUUCAGGCGUCAUACCUUACUUGGGGUGUACUUCAGGAGCGAGUCAUGACACGAAACUAUGGGGCUACAGAUAAAAUGCCUGGAGAACGAUUCACCGACUCCCAGUUCCUGGUGCUGAUGAACCGAGUGCUGGCACUGAUGGUAGCUGGCCUGUGUUGUAUGCUCUGCAAACAACCCAGGCAUGGGGCACCCAUGUACCGAUAUUCUUUUGCAAGCCUCUCCAACAUCCUUAGCAGCUGGUGCCAGUAUGAGGCCCUCAAGUUUGUCAGCUUCCCCACACAGGUGCUGGCAAAGGCGUCCAAGGUGAUCCCUGUAAUGCUAAUGGGCAAACUGGUAUCCCAUCGUAGCUAUGAGCACUGGGAAUACUUGACUGCUGGCCUAAUUUCUGUUGGGGUAAGCAUGUUCCUGCUGUCCAAUGGGCAUGAGCACUCUAUUUCCCCAGCCACCACACUCUCAGGCCUCAUCCUGCUUGCUGGCUACAUCAUUUUUGACAGCUUUACCUCCAAUUGGCAAGAUGCUCUUUUUGCUUACAAGAUGUCCUCAGUGCAGAUGAUGUUUGGGGUCAACCUCUUUUCUUGCCUCUUCACAAUGGGCUCACUGAUACAGCAAGGAGCUCUGUUGGAGGCAAUGAGAUUCAUGGGGCGACACACAGAGUUUGCUGCCCAUGCCCUAUUACUAUCCAUCUGUUCAGCCUUUGGCCAACUCUUCAUUUUCUACACCAUUGGGCAGUUUGGUGCUGCCACUUUCACAAUUAUCAUGACCCUCCGCCAGGCCUUUGCUAUUUUUCUCUCCUGUCUCAUUUAUGACCACACAGUCACUGUAGUAGGGGGUCUAGGCAUGGCUGUUGUCUUUGCUGCACUCUUCCUUCGUGUGUAUGCCAAAGGGCGCCUGAAGCAGCGGGGAAAGAAGGUAGCUCCAAAUGAGGCUCCAAUACAAAAGGUCUGAGACUUGAGAAAAUGCAGUGUUUAGGAAGUAACCACAUAUUUUUUCAAAUCUUCCUUUUAUGGCUGGAGAACAGUGUUUUCUAAGUCACACACCAGCUCCAGCAAAUGUUGGGGCCUGGGGGCAACCUCCACCUUUGCCUUAAGAAUCAUGAGUCCUGAUUUCAAGGUACUGGUUUUCUUAUGAACCCAACCCUCCCCCAGUUCAGUGUUCAGUUUAUUAAACUGCUAGUGCCCCCUGCUGACUGGUUUCUACUGUACUUCAACUUGCCCCUGGCCACCUCCCCCACACCCCCAGUGCCAGACCAGCUCAACAUUAUUUAGCUCUGGCCAUCUCCUGACCAUUGAGAGCUACAUAUUCCUUCCCAGGUGAGAAAAGCACAAAGGUUCUAGAUUGCUGCUGGUCCCCCAGUGGGAAGGAAGGCUGCUGAAGAUGGCCUCUCCAAACCAGUUUAUAGGCUCUUAACACCCCCCACUGCACUGAGCCCCAAAUUUUGGUACUUUAAAAUGUAACUUUUUCUCAAUUAAAAAAAAAUGCUGCAAGGGGGAAAUCGACCCUGUGUAUGCAUUGGGUACAGGGGUGGGAGCAUAAGCGGGAGCAGCCUACCAGUUACAACCUCACUACCAAGCAGACUACUUGUAACUAUAUUCCCAGACACUGCCAAAAAAUGUUUCGGUGAUCAUUGGGUAAAUAUAUUCACUCCCCCCCCCCAAUAAAACUCAGGUUUUCAAGUAA